AUGACUAAGACUGGUAAACCUGAUUCAUAUUGGCAUGACAUCAUGUGCAAGUAUGCCCAAGGGAAGUACCACUUCUCAACAGGCAAGAAGCCAGGGGCGAAGAAGUGGAAAGAUGCCUUGGACAGAAUUAAUAACUGUCCAUUACACAAACAGACCCGUGCCUAUGAUAUAUUUGGGAAAAUAAUCACUUGCAAAUGUGGUUAUCAUAAGUCAGCGGAGCAGACAGUGGCAGGCGCCCAGGCAGGACCACUGAGCAGUGCAGGCAUGCAGGCAAGACCAGCAACCAGCGCAGGCGUCCAGGCAGGACCACUGAGUAGUGCAGGCAUGCAGGCAAGACCAGCAACCAGCGCAGGCGUCCAGGCAGGACCACUGAGUAGUGCAGGCAUGCAGGCAAGACCAGCAACCAGCACAGGCGCCCAGGCAAGACCACUGAGUAGUGCAGGCAUGCAGGCAGGACCACUGAGCAGUGCAGGCAUGCAGGCAAGACCAUCAACCAGCACAGGCGCCCAGGCAAGACCACUGAGCAGUGCAGGCAUGCAGGCAAGACCAUCAACCAGCACAGGCGCCCAGGCAAGACCACUGAGCAGUGCAGGCAUGCAGGCAAGACCAGCAACCAGCACAGGCGCCCAGGCAAGACCACUGAGUAGUGCAGGCAUGCAGGCAGGACCACUGAGCAGUGCAGGUGCCCAUGCAAGACCAGCAAGCAAUGCAGGCGCCCAGGCAAGACCACUGAGCAGUGCAGGCAUGCAGGCAAGACCAGCAACCAGCACAGGCGCCCAGGCAAGACCACUGAGUAGUCCAGGCAUGCAGGCAGGACCACUGAGCAGUGCAGGUGCCCAUGCAAGACCAGCAAGCAAUGCAGGUGCCCUGGCAAGACCAACAAGCAGUGCAGGCAUGCAGGCAGGAACACUGAGCAGUGCAGGCUCAAGAUCAGUCCCACAGAGCAGUUCUUCACUUAAGUGUGGUCUUUGUAGUAAAGAAGUUGAUGUGGAGUGUUUCACUGAACAUUUGUCGGACUACCAUGUUCAAGAAUCUUGUGACCAGUGUGGUGAAAAAGUCUGGGGUGCGGUUGGACUUCUUCACCACAUUGAAACCAAUCACCAUUGCACUAGUCUUGCAGGCACAGAAUCUUUGGAUCCACCAACAUCUUUUCCACCAACAUCCUUUACUGAACCACCCGCAUACAUUGAAGAGCAGCAAAACACUCCACAAACUGCACCUCAAACACCAUCCCUGGACAUUAACCUGAGGCCUCCAGAAGUGAAUUGGGUGAGUUUUCUCCCCAAACAGUUCUGUCGUGUUAUUAAGCCAGCAGACCAAAAGUGGAUAGCCCAGUGUCUAUAUGACAGUACAGGACGACUAAAGCAGCAGUUUUUUAAAAACUGGUUUCAUCCACCUAGUCCCAGCAAGCCUACUACUUCACCUCCUGAUCCUAACACUUACUUCAGACAGCGGAUGUUUCUGUGGGGCCCAAUGAGAAUGUGGGGUAUUCCUCUGAAGUGCACACAGUGCGAUAGAAAGAUGCACCAUUCAGGAAUCUACACCAAAGUGAGGGAAGUCAUUGAUAUUGAUUGUAGAUAUUAUUUAAUUGGAGUAGACUACCCUCGCUGCAGCAAGUGUAUGAUACCUGUCUGCCCUUGGAGUUCGGAGAUCCUCAAACAACUUGAUCCCUCCCACAGAAACAAAUUCCCUGCUGUUCUCACCACUCACCUUGCACUUGACAGGAAGUGUGUGACUUUGUUGAAGCCCAGAACUGCAGGGAACAGCUCUAGUUUCUUGCAGCAGGCACUUGAAGAAAUUCACAGCGAGGAGUGGGGAAGACGGACCAUAGAUUAUCUGACGGACUGUGAGUUACAUAAAAAGAGAUCCGCCCUGACACAAACUGAAGUGAUUUAUCAGCAGCCACCACCUUUUUGCCCCCUACCUCUGGCCCAGUGGUUUGAGACUGUUCAUGCCAAUGAGAUCCUGUGUCACAUUGAUGAGCUGAAGGGUGUCAUAACAUCGACAUAUGGUAGCAUCCUGAAGCUUGAUUCUACCAAGAAGAUAACUAAAAAGCUUGCUGGUGGCAUCGCGGAUACUGCUACAUGGAUGACCAAUGUUGGCAAUGAGUUUGGCCAAGUCCUGAACUGUGUCUUAACCACUGGUGAAGGAGCUGGCAUAGAUGACUUGUGUCAGGGCAUCGUAAAGAGAUACAAGGAUGCUGGGGAGCCAGAGCCAGCUGUGAUCUACGUUGACAGGGACUGCUGCAGCGAGACAGGUGUGACUCCAGUUCUGACCUGGUUUCGCCCAUGGAAGAUCACUGUGCGACUCGAUGUUUUCCACUUCAUGCGGCGGUUCACAGCUGGCCUUACAACGGAGCACCAUCCAUUGUAUGGCACUUUCUGCUCAAAGUUGUCCACCUGUGUGUUUGAAUGGGACAAGGAGGACAUCUCUCGCCUUAAAGAGGCGAAAAAGACCAUUCUUUUAAAAAAAAAUAGGGGUCAUAUUCCAACAGAGGCCCAAAUCCUGUCGAGCAUCACCUCCAACGAGCUGGCCAAGCACUGCAGGAGGAGGACACGUGGAGUUCAAGAAACUUGUGACCUGAUCCAAGGACUGCUGGACUCCAUGUGGGAACUGACCGACACCACUGGUUUGCGCCUCAUCAAUCCAGAGAGCAUGUCACACGUGUGGGAGGUACAGCAGAAACACUUACCUUGCAUCCAAGAUCCACCCGGUGUUCAGCUGUACACAAAACUGGGCUCCGGUUUACAGAAGGGUGACAAGGUUCUGGAUGUGCUGAGGUGUGGCAGAGGGUCCUCCUCCCUGGAAAGCUUCCAUCGCCACCAGUGCACUUUUAUUCCAGGGUGGAGAUGUAAUGCACUUCAUACACAGAUGUACAUGCUUGAGGGGGCAUCUAGGUGGAACAUCAACCGAGCUCAUCAAGCUGUGGACAUGAGUGGUACAUCACAAACAAAAAUGUAUAAUGUACGUUUAAUGUCCCAGAUGAAUGUCCUCAGCAACAAAGUCCUUGGAUGUCCACUCCUGCCAGAAUUCAAACCUCCUGGGAGACCCACCGAUGAACGUAUAGCUGUGGAGUAUUUGCUGGCCCAGUCUAACAGAGGAGACCUGCUUUCUCCACUGGAGCAACAUGAAAUCCCCUUGCCAGAGUUGCAGGUUGAAGUUCAGGAGGAUGAGUGUCUGGAUGUCACAAUAUGUGAUGCAGCAGACAUUGAUUUAGACACACCCACCCUUGGAAUUUCCAGCAGUCAUGGUGAUUCAUUGAUCUCACCUCUGGAAACCGUGUACAGUCCUCCUGAUACUGAAGACAUUUCCUGUGCUGGGCCGAACACACCAGCUCCGGAAACCGUGUACAGUCCUCCUGAUACUGAAGACAUUUCCUUUGCUGGGCCGAGCACACCAGCUCCGGACAGUAGAAGUGAUUCAAGGGGUGUUCCUGGAUGGGAGGCAGUGGAUAACCUGGCAGGGUACCUCGUCAGUCUCAACCGCACGAUCACUGGUUUAUCAACCAACGAGAUAGCAGAGAUCUUGCGGUUGUAUCAGAAUUUGCAUCCCAUUGAUCAGUCCCCCUCCAAGUAUUCCCUUAAGUGCAAGAAAAAGAUCUUGGCAGGUCCUUGGAGAGCUUCUCGGAAGCGUAGUGGCUCAGCCCCUGGUCAGCAAGCAGCUGAGAGACUGUUCAUGACUCAUGGUCAGGCUGCCCAGAGACCUGAUGCCAACAGGGUUUCAGAAUGUGUCGCACUUAAGCUUCUGAAGGAAUUCAGGGAAGCCAGAAAUAGGCCUAAAGACAACAAGGGCAAAACCUUUCCCAUUCCUCAGGCAAUUGUGAUGAUAUAUAGCCACAUCAAGCAGCUGCUUGAAGACUGCAGAGAGCUACUGGACAAGACCAACUUGGUGCUAGUUACUGUAAACAACACAACAGUGUCUUCAUGGCUUCUCGACAGACAGAAAAGAACAGACCGGGACACCUUGCUACAAGGAGUGGAGCUUCCCCAGCCUGUUGGUUUGGCAAAGGAGCUACUGCCAAAGCCUAGAGAGCUCCCAUCUGCACCUGUUGAUCAUGGACAUGUUGCCAUUGAGUUCCAGGAGCCUGAAAAUCGGGAGGGUGAGGCAGUUAUUCGCCAGCGUAAAUAUGCACGAACUGGAACUGGAGUAUCUUCUAUAAUGCACACAGACUCUGGGCUUAGAGACACAUCUCCAUCUGGCACAGACUGGCCUGGGGCCCAGCAAUUUCCUGGGUGGGAUGCCUGGCCUGGGUAUUCUGGUUUGUCUUUUCCACCAUCGCACUCUCAGGGUUGGUCUUCAGUUCCACCAUCGCACUCUCAGAGUUGGUCUUCUGUUCCACCAUCGCACUCUCAGGAUUGGUCUUCAGUUCCACCAUCGCACUCUCAGAGUUGGUCUUCUGUUCCACCAUCGCACUCUCAGGGUUGGUCUUCAGUUCCACCAUCGCACUCUCAGGAUUGGUCUUCAGUUCCACCAUCGCACUCUCAGAGUUGGUCUUCUGUUCCACCAUCGCACUCUCAGGGUUGGUCUUCAGUUCCACCAUCGCACUCUCAGAGUUGGUCUUCUGUUCCACCAUCGCACUCUCAGGGUUGGUCUUCUGUCCACCGGGCCAACAGCCAUCAGUUCCACCAUCGCACUCUCAGGGUUGGUCUUCUGUUCCACCGGGCCAACAGCCAUCAGUUCCACCAUCGCACUCUCAGGGUUGGUCUUCUGUUCCACCGGGCCAACAGCCAUCAGUUCCACCAUCGCACUCUCAGGGUUGGUCUUCUGUUCCACCGGGCCAACAGCCAUCAGUUCCACCAUCGCACUCUCAGGGUUGGUCUUCUGUUCCACCGGGCCAACAGCCAUCAGUUCCACCAUCGCACACUCAGGUUGGGUCUUCUUUUCCACUGGGCCAACAGCCAUCAGUUCCACCACUUCCUCCGAACCGACAGCGUGCAUGGAGACAGCACAAGGCAGCAAUUGAAGAUCAAGAGCGUUUGGCAAGAGGGGAGCCACCAAAGAAGCGCCACACAAAGGAGCAUUAUCAUUAUGAGUGUAAAAUAUGUGGCCAAUCAAAAAGGAAAGUCACUGGCCAUUCCCAGAUUAGAGGAAAGUGGUACUGUCCAGCAUCUGGCCAGACCAUUGCAGAGUGGAAAGACUCUUUAGGCUUUUUGUCGUGAUUUUAAUCAGCUCUUUAAUUUUUUAUGUUAGUGCAUUAAGUACAUUUUUGGCAAUUUUUAAGGAAACCUCUAAAAAGAAUAAGUGCGUGUGUGAAUGUAU